AUGAAUGCUACAAAUCCAUAUGGAUUUUGCAGGACUAUUUGCAGAUUCGGUAUUCCACGAAUGCUAGUAACAGAUAAUGGUAGAACAUUUAUAUCACAAGAGUUUCAAAAUUUUAUCAAAGCAAAUGGGAUUAUCCAUAGACUGACAGCUCCUUAUUACCCGGCUACCAAUGGUGCAGCGGAAAGAUUCGUACAAACAUUGAAACAAUGGUUGCGUAAAACAAAUUUAGAAAAAGAAAAUGUAAAAUGCAGCGUUCAAAAGUUUUUGUUUCAUUACCGUAUUACUCCAUUUCCGGAGUUAAAACAAUCACCCGCCGAAAUCAUGUUCGGACGAAAAUUGCGAAAUUGGUUGGAUUUAUUGUCUCCAAAAGAAAUUGAAAUAAAAAAAAAAUCAGUAAGGAGUAAUGAAACAAGAAAUUUUCAAGUGGGAAAUAAAAUCGCAGCACGUGAAUACUUAGAUAAAAAAUCAAAAUGGCGUUUUGGUAUAGUUUACAGGAAAUUAGGAAAGUUACAUUAUUUAAUAAGAUUAGAGAAUGGAAAAAUCUGGAAAAGACAUGUAAAUCAAUUACGUCUGAACGAACAGAACACUGAGAAUAAUAAAUCGCAAGAGGCGAUGGAUAGAUUUAACUAUUCAAAUUCCGAGUUAGAUAAGUCAGAAAUUAAGUCGAGUAGAGAGAGACCGGAUACAGGGACAAACGAUGAAUCAAUAAGUAGCAACGUCCACAUCUCACCUGAGGAAGGGACAGAGAAGAAUACAGGCGAACAAAUAGCAUUGCCUAUUGAGGCAACUGAUAAGCGCGUGGGGGAACAAGUUCGAAACGAACGUCCCAAACGAAAUAGAAGGGAACCGGAGCGUCUGGAACGACGGCCUCCUUAUUCCACGUCGACCGACGGGGUCCUGGCGGAGAGGGAGCGGGAGUGCGGAGAUUAUCCGCGGGUCUUUGGGGCCCUUCUUGGCGCCUGCUGGUGGGCGCGCCCCUGCGGCUUUCUCUCCCCGCGGCCGUUGUGCUGA